GUGUAGGUACUUCUCUGAUUGUAGUUCAAGGUGAUACUUUUUCUAUGAAAGGACCUACUCUUCACAACCCAAUAGGUCUCCAAAGCGCUCGAGUGACUGCACAUUUAGCAUACUUUGCUCCCCUACCAUGAGUGAAGCAAAAGGAAAAUGAUUGGAUUUCUGGUACUGGUUUCAGUCCUGCCUGCUUUAAGUUUAUGUGGUGGAUGUAACUAUAGUUAUUAUAUUGUUCAUUGUCAAGGAAUAAUACAAGAUGAUUUCGUCAUGGAACUACUUCGCAACAAAGAUUUCAUUUCUGAUUUAAAAGAAAUUGUGAUCGAAGAUUCUGACUUUUCCAGCAUACAACCGUUUGUAAAUAUUUCAACCUAUUUGUAUCCAGCUCGGGUUGACAUUAGUUCUUUAACAAUUAUUAGAUCUAAAGUGGAUGGUAUCAGUAACGACACAUUUAGGGCUUUCGAUAAUUUAAAAAAACUAAAUUUAAGUAAUAAUAAUAUAACAAAUCUGGUUUGGGUGACUAGUCUAUUUAUAUACUAUAACAAUUAUUUAGAUUUAUAUUUAAGUUAUAACAGAAUUUCUGAACUUGAUUUUAAUAAUUUCAGGCAGCAAAUGUCAUCAAUUUGGUUAAACAAUAACGAAAUUUCUAUACUAAAACCAGUUUCUGACCCCAGCUACAGAAGCUUUAAAUUUCUAGAUUUGAGCCAUAAUAAAUUAGUGUCUUUUUCUGAAUUUGAGUGCAACAUAAAUAUUCGAUCUUUGAAUUUAAGUUACAAUUAUCUACAAUCGCUGGAGUUACGAAGUAGUAAAGAUCUUUUAAGAAUUGAGGGUCAUGGGAAUAGUAAUAUUUCGUAUAUUGGAACCAGCAACUCUUAUAGUGUUUCUAAUUUUUACUCCAGUUUUAUACCUAAUAAUUCUUUAUCCAUAUAUAACAUAUUUAAGUUAAACUGGUUAGAUACAGAUAUGCCAGUUUUGGAUAGUAAUAAACUACCCAGUAUAAGCUCAGCAGGUACUAUCGAUUUUUCGAACAAUAACUUAACCAGUAUUCCGCCAAAUUAUUUUCAAUUUGUUAAAUCUUCUGUAUUUAAUCUGAGCCUCAAUAACUUUGAUGUAAUAUCUAAUACAGUGUUUGGAGUAAACUCAAUCAUCACUAGUAUUGAUCUCUCUUUUUCUAAUAUAAAAAAAAUAAGUAAAAAUUUUUUCAUAAAUUGCUGUUCUAUCAGUUACUCUUCCAAUUUAAAUCUAAGUGGUAACGCUCUUGAAGAAUUAGAUGGAAUUUGUAAUAUAAUACCGCGAUUGAAACAUCUAGAUCUUUCUUUUAAUAAAAUAACAAAUCUAUCUCAAAUAUCAGUAUCAAAUUGUUCAUAUAUAUCUUCGUAUAAUAUUUCCAACAAUUUUAUAAACGUCAUUCCUCCAGGAACUUUUCAUGGCGACGAACCUAUAGAAUACCUUGAUAUAAGUGAAAAUAAUUUAUUGUUUAUCAAUGAGUCAACUUUUAGAAACCUUAAAAGCAGUCUAAAAAAUAUUAGUCUAAGUAAAAAUAACAUAUUGACUAUUGGUAGCAAAAGUUUUCAUGAUUUUGAUGAAUUAAAAACUAUUGACCUAUCAGAAAAUAAAAUAAAGGAUAUUGAAGAGUUCGCUUUUUCGAAUUUGAAAAAUAUCGAUACAAUUAAUUUGUCUAGCAAUGCAAUUGAAUUACUGGAAAGCUAUACCUUUAACAACACUAGUGUGAAAAAUAUCGACCUUCAAGGUAAUCCUGUUCAUUAUAUCAGAGAAAAAGCUUUUUCCAACUUAUAUUAUUUAGAGACUCUAAAUCUUUCGAACAGUGCUAUAGCCAUAUUGGAAAAUGACGUUUUCUUCAGUUUACCAAAAAUUCGUACCAUAGAUUUAAGCAAUAAUUACAUAUUUUUGUUAAAUAACUAUACUUUCAGGAACUUACCUGUACGAAACAUCUAUUUAUAUGGAAAUAAAAUAGAAAACAUUUCUCAAAACGCCUUCGACAAUUUGCAAGACUUGGAAUAUUUGGACUUAUCUAAUUUGGGAAUUUCAAAAAUUGAUCCUUACGCUUUUAACAAAAUGAAUAAUUUAAUAGAAGUAAACUUGAAAAAUAACAAUAUACAGGGACUUGAAAAAUAUACAUUUCACAUGGUCAAUAUCAGGACGUUAUUUCUUAAUUCAAUAUCAAGUCCAAUAAUAUUGGAUAAUACCGUUGAAAUCAACACAUUGUUAAUUCAGUUGACUGGUACAAUAGACGAACAAUUUAUUUCAAGUGUUUUCCUUAAAAAUUUAACUAUAAUUGAUUCUUAUAUAGAAUUACUAAAAAAUAAUUGUUUUGAUGAUUUGCCAUUAUUAAAGUCUCUAAAUUUAAUAAACACAACAAUUGACGUCUUUGAAGAUGACAUUUUUAGUGGUUUAACGAGUUUAACUUAUUUAGAUGCGUCACAAUUUUUUCAAAAUAAAACGUCGUUAAAAGAAUAUACAUUUAAGGAUAUGCGUAAUUUAGAAGUUCUUAAUAUUUCCAAUUCUGCCUUAGAUACAAUAGAAAAUAACGCUUUUGCUGGACUUUCCAAAUUAAAGGAAUUAAAUUUAGAAAGAAACAAAUUAUCAUCUAUUAAUCAAUCUACAUUUCAACCUCUAAACGUUGAAACUUUGAAUCUGUCAAGAAACAAAUUGACAAAUGUUACCUUAACGGCAAUCACUAACGAUUUACCAAACUUGAUUACCCUUAAUCUUAGCUCCUCAUCUAUACGAAACGUCUACACUUCAGAACUGGAAAAUCCGAAUAGAGUUGAAUAUUUAGACCUAUCAAAUAAUUAUAUUACAAAUCUGGAUUCACAAACAUUUAGAUCAUUCAAAGAUUUAGUUAAGUUGUAUCUUCAUAGCAACGAGCUGUCAACAAUUAAGUAUGAAACCUUCAAUUACACAAAAAAUCUUCAAACACUUAGAUUAGAUAAUAAUAAAAUCACUUUCUUGAAUGCUGGUGUAUUUGAUGGAUUAGAAAGCUUAUUAUUUCUUAAUAUAUCCAAUAACGAAAAUUUACUUUUACAAUAUGGAUUCGUACCUUUUCAAACUCUUAGAUAUUUACAUACGUUGUAUUUAGAUAAUACUCAUUUGACUAGAACUAUGAUUGAUUUGACAAAUUUUAGAAAAACGUUUCCUUAUUUAUCCAAAAUUGGUAUUAAUGAUAACCAGUUAUCUUGCAGUGAAUUAUUUGAUAUGAUGUUGUAUUUUGAUGACUACAAGAUUGACUACACGCCUUAUAAUCCAAAAUUUUAUGAACAAAAUUUGAAUGGGAUAACAUGUAGUACUUAAAUAGAAACUGUUGUUUCAAAUUUUAUACUGCUAAAUAAUAUACCUGUAAGGCAGGCCGCACAUCAAAGAAACAUGAAACGUAAAUUACGUUUCAUGGAAAUAAACCACUGCUAAACAAAUAUACAUCCAGCCAUUUAUGAGACUCUCCGAAAAUAAAAAUGUGUCAUGAGCAUGAAUCACACUCGAUUCAUUGAUAGGCGGACUUUGAUAUUUGUUUAGCAGCGUUUUCUUUUCAUGAAACAUGUUUUUCGUUUCAUGUUUCAUGUUUUUCGUUUCAUGUUUCUUUGGUGUGCGGCUUGCCUAAGGAAAAUAUGUUAAGACUUAUAUCGAGAAAACACAUGUAAUAAUAAAUAUAAUUAUAAAUGCC